AUGCCUAGCUCUCCCCCAGAAUCACCAACACUUCGGCCUGUUGAGGCACCACCUCUUUGGGAAGACAUUCCUGACAAUACUUACGAGCAAGACCAAGGCUCAUUUGAGCCUUUGCAACUCCCAAAAACCAUGGCAAGUUCAUGCAAUGGCUGCCAAGGCGAAAUCAUAUCUGCAUCACCUCCUGGAUCGAGAAGCUCCCCAGAAGAUAGGAGAUGCGUCGUCUGUGACCAGGAUGGGUCUACAAAUGUCACGAUUGUCUUGGGGAGCCACUCUAUUGCACUGGCUGUUGCAGAAGUCAACAUCUUUGCAAUCCUUCCAUUGGAUCAGGCUGUCAUAUCCCGUAUUCUGGACCUACGUCCGAUGAUGUUCCCACGCCUCGGACGCCUUCCGGAUGCACAUCCGGACCUCCAUACCCUUAUCCAUGACUCCAUACCCUUAUCCAUGCCUGCAGUCCUCCAGUCCACUAUCGCUAAGCCUGCUUCAUCCACCCUUGAUCCCAUCGGAUCCGAGCUCAUCCUACCUGAGACUUUACCUUCCCUAGACUACCGGAUGAUAUCCAUGAUCUAUAUCCUAGUCUCGUCUUCACCUAGAUCUCCGGAUCCGCUCAUCCGAUAUCCAGACGCCUCAUCCAAUAUCUCUAGACCUCCGGAUCCGACCUAUACUCAUAUCCGAAGCUCAAACCUUAAAUCAGCGUCUAUCUCCUUAUGGUAA